AAUGGAGGCAACCAUGGCCCUUAGUUUCACACGCUCGGUCCUAAUACAGUGAAUCCCAUAAGCACAGAGGAACUCUUGUUGUUGCACUCCUCAGUUCUCUGAUCGAAAGAUGUCUUGCGGUGGAAACUGCAACUGCGGCUCUAGCUGCAACUGCGGCAGCGGAUGCAAGAGGAACCCAAGCUUGGGUCUCUCAGAGACCACCACCUCCUCUCAGACCAUCAUCGUUGGGGUUGCUCCCGUGAAAACGAUCCAGGGUGAGGUGCCAGAGAUGAGCACUGAGGGCGGCCAUGGCUGCAAGUGCGGAUCAAACUGCUCGUGCGAUCCAUGCAACUGCUGAUCUACUUUGAUAAGAAAAAAGCUCUUAAAUGUUAAAGUCUAUUAUGUCGUAAAUGGUGUGCGCGUGUAUCGAGUGUAUCUGUGUGGUGAAUAACGCCGGCCUGGGUUUCGAUCGUACAUGCACAUCCCUUCUCUCCUGAGUUAGGGGUGUGCUAACGAUGAUGAAUCCCAGGCCAGGCAACUGUUGUGCAAGAUUAUAUGUAUAAGAAGUUGAAUGGAUUUGGAUGGGUUGUGAACCCUUUUCUUGUUUUUUCCUUUUCUAAACUUGUCAUCUUCAGCAAUGACGUGGAGUGCAAGAGUUUCACCGUUUCUCCUCAAUAAUAAAGCUCUUGUCAA